AGGUGUAUUUCUACACAUAGUGGCAGACACGCUUGGAAGUAUUGGUGUAAUCAUAUCUGCUAUAUUGAUGCAGAACUAUGGUCUAAUGAUAGCAGAUCCUAUUUGUUCAAUGCUGAUAGCACUACUUAUAGGUGUAAGUAUUGUUCCACUUCUAAAAGAAUCCAUUGGGAUUUUGAUGCAGCGAACUCCUCCUUCCCUGGAAAACGCCCUGCCUCAGUGCUACCAGAGGGUGCAGCAGUUGCAAGGAGUGUACAGUUUACAUGAUCCACAUUUCUGGACCCUCUGUACUGAUGUUUACAUAGGGACUUUGAAAUUAUUAGUAGCUCCUGAUGCUGAUGGAAGAUGGAUUCUAAGCCAGACUCACAAUAUUUUUACUCAGGCGGGAGUGAGACAGCUUUACAUACAGAUUGAUGUUGCAGCCAUGUAGUGAAUUUCUGGAAUUGUGCUGUUGGACCAAAGUUUUCAGUACUGUACUGGUAUAACAACACACUUCUCGAGACAGAGCCUCCUCCUCUGCUGUUCUGGAACCAACUGAAGGAUUUCUGCCCUUGGGCUAUCCAUGGAGUUCACUUCUAAGGAGUAAAUAUUGAAUGAAUGUUAUGGACUUUGGGUCUUGGGUUUUUUGGGGCCCCU